AUGACCAGAGGUUCAACUUUAGAUAGAAAAUCAAGGGUUUUGAAUCCACAACGUUUUAUUCGAAAUGAAAGAGAUAGUUCGAAACUAAAUAUCGAUGAGAUUAAUUUGUUUUUGGAGAGUGAUCCAAAAAGGUCUAAAUUGACACACUCUUUAAUCGAUCAACUCGUUAAUGAUCCAGUUUUAAAAACUGGCAUGGAUUAUUACGAAAUGACAAAAAAUGAAGAAAGAGAAGUGACAGCUAAAAAAAUUGCCAGGAUGGCACAAUAUAUGGAAAAUGAUAUUAAAACUCAGAGAAAUUUCUUUAGAAAUGAAGAUUUAAUUAAAAAAUUACAAAAUGAUCCAAAUUCAAUCGAACCAUUAAGUAAUAAUGAUGUAGAAAUCUUUGAUAAAAGAUUAUCAUUAGUUGCUAAUAUCGACCCACAAUUAAGCACAAGAAUUGGUGUUCAUUUAGGGUUAUUUGGAAACUGUAUCAAAGGAAACGGUACAGAUGAACAAAUAAAAUACUGGCUUCAAGAAAGAGGAGCUACAUUUAUGAAAGGUAUUUAUGGGUGUUUUGCAAUGACAGAAUUAGGUCAUGGGUCAAAUGUGUCUGGUUUACAAACUACCGCAGUGUAUGAUCCUGUCAGUGAUACAUUUACAUUAAAUACACCCGAUAUUACUGCAACUAAGUGGUGGAUUGGUGGUGCUGCCAGCUCCGCCACUCAUGCUGCUGUUUAUGCAAGAUUACUUGUGAAUAACAAAGAUUACGAAGUUAAAACCUUUGUCGUCCCAUUAAGAAAUCCAGAAACCUUUCAAUUAUUAGCUGGUGUUGCAAUUGGUGACAUUGGAGCAAAAAUGGGUAGACAUGGGAUUGAUAAUGGAUGGAUUCAAUUUAGAAAUGUUGUCAUUCCAAGAGAGUACAUGUUAUCCAGAUUUACUAAAAUUAAUAGAAAAACGGAUAAUGAAGGUGGCAUUGAGGUAACCGUAAAGACAGAACCACAAUUAGAUCAAAUUUCUGGCUAUAGUGCUCUAUUAAGUGGUAGAGUUAAUAUGGUUAUGGAUUCAUUUAGAUUUGGCUCGAAAUUUGUCACUAUCGCAACUCGUUAUGCUGUUGGUAGACAACAAUUUGCCAACUCACCAAAUGAAGAAGAAAAUCAAUUAAUGAAUUACCCAUUACAUCAGUACCGUAUCCUGCCACAAUUAGCACUCGUCUAUUUGCUAUCACCAGCAGCAUUUAAAUUAAUGGAUACAUACUACAACACAUUAAAUGAAUUGUACAGGGUCUCCGCAAAAGCAGACGCUAUAGACCCAGCAGCGUUACAAACUGUCACAAAAAAAUUAAAAAAUCUAUUUAUUGAUAGUGCUAGUUUGAAAGCAACGAAUACUUGGUUAGUGGCAACGUUAAUUGAUGAAUUAAGACAAACUUGUGGUGGUCAUGGUUAUUCUCAAUAUAAUGGAUUCGGCAGAGGUUAUAAUGACUGGGUUGUUCAAUGUACAUGGGAAGGUGAUAAUACAAUUUUAUCAUUAACUUCUGCUAAGUCAAUAUUGAAAAAGUUUGGUGACGUUGUAUCAAAAGGUAAAUUCAACGAGAAAUUUGAUUCCGAUUCUUUUAAUUAUUUAAACCCAAGGUUUGUUCAAAGUGUAUUAACAAAUCAAGUUAAGGCUAAUUUAACGGAUGAUCCAAAAGAUGCUUACAAUUACACUGAAGUAUGGGAAGUAUGUUUAGUAAAGCUUUUAGCUCACAUAGGCAAAACAAUUAAAAAGACCAAGAAAGUCGAUGAUGUUUCAAAAUUAUUAGUCGUUGUAUCCAAAUUUCACGCAAUUCAUUAUAUGUUAAAAACCUAUUAUCUAAAAAUCUCAUCUCAAAAAGAUUCUCAUAUCAAUGAUAAAGAUAGCAACGAAACUUUAUGGAAGUUGUAUAAAUUGUUUUCUCUUUAUUUUAUUGAUAAACAUGCUGCUGAAUUUCAACAAUUCAAGAUUUUUACUCCAGAUGAGAUCUCCGUAACAGUUCAACCAAACUUGUUUGCAUUAUUACCUGAAAUAAGGAAAGAUUGCAUUGUGCUAACCGACAGUUUCAAGUUGCCUGACGCAAUGUUAAACGCACCAAUCGGUUACUAUGAUGGUGAUAUUUAUAACAACUACUUCAAUGAGGUAAAGAAAAGUAAUCCUAUCGAAAUUGAUGGAGCUGGAAAACCUCCAUACCAUGAACUAUUAUCUACAAUGUUGGGAAGAAAUUUUGAAGUAGAUAGUCUGGGUGGGUCUGCCACUUCAGAAAUUUUAGCAAGGCUUUCCUUGUAA